UGACAGACGCAUAAAAACUUAACAGGUAACAGAAACCCACAAUUUGAUGAACAUUGACAGAGACUUGUUAAUCUAAAAACCAGAUUCGCUGCCAGCAUUGCCGUCCAUAUCGACGGUGAACAUUCACCAACUUCAUAGGUUGAAGCUAUUGACCUACCCCACCAAAAUCACUCCACCAGUCCGCGAAACCCCACUAUAGGUACGAGUACACUUUCGCAUCUAUAUAAUAAACCAGCCAGGCUCAUCCUGAAAGCUUCUUUCAAUUCAUCAUUCUGGUCAUAAAUAUUGCUCAAUAUGUCUCAUUUUUUCCACGCAGCUGAAUCUGCCAUCGGCGGUCUCGUAAAUGAAGUCGAGAGGGAGUUCUCCAAGAUUGUAGGUCUCUCAGACGGCGAGAAACAUAGUCACACUCAUAUCGGAGAGGCAUGCCAUGCACUUCACAUACAUGGAAAUAAGAACAGAUUUGGCAGUUUCGCCCCACCAAGGUCUGGCCAUGACAUUAAAUGGCAUAUCGAUGGGUGUGCAUACAUGUGGGCGAUAUCUGUUGCCUUGGAAGAGGCCCAAGAGAGUAUCUGGAUAUUGGACUGGUGGCUCACGCCCGAACUUUAUUUGAGAAGACCGCCGUCGGCAAAUGAAGAAUAUAGACUUGACCGCAUGCUUUUGGCUGCCGCUGAGAGGGGUGUGAAAGUUAAUAUCAUCAUUUACAAGGAGGUUACCAAAGUGUUGACAUGUAUGUUCAAUCUUCAUUUCUGGCCACAUGUCACCUGGACUAAUCAUAAUCUCAGUAUGCUCUGAGCACACCAAGAAAGCUUUAGAGGUCCAUCCUAAUAUCUCAGUAUUUCGCCAUCCUGACCAUAUUCCAAGUGGCGUUCACGUUGAAUCGGAAAUUCUCACCGACUUGAAGAAUUUCAGCUUGAAAGAUUUCGAUCUUGCCAGACUUCCCGAAGAUAGCAUCAAGGCAUUAUAUGGAGCUCGAAAUGAUGUUAUCUUAUAUUGGGCACACCACGAAAAACUUUGUCUCAUUGAUAGCAAAGUCGCCUUUAUGGGAGGUCUCGAUUUGUGCUUUGGUAGAUGGGAUGUGAAUCAGCACCCAAUCGCUGAUGCUCAUCCAAGUGACUUGGAUAAUAUUCUCUUCCCCGGUCAAGAUUUCAACAAUGCGAGAGUAUAUGAUUUCCAGGAUGUUUCAAACUGGCAAGAUAACAAGCUUGAUCGUACAAAGUAUUCUAGGAUGGGUUGGUCGGUAUGUAUCACUAGAUUUCAAAUGUGGCGCGAUAAGAUGAGGUCUAACUUUCGUUGCAGGAUUUGUCCAUGUCAUUGACAGGACCAGUUGGUAAGUGAAUUUUCUAAUAUAUUAUUACUUUUGAAGAUGGUUGCACCCCUCCAAUAAUUACAUUAACUAACACUUCUCCUAGUCGAGGAUCUCCGAGCACAUUUUGUCCAAAGAUGGAACUUUAUUCUCAGGGAAAAAUACAAUACUGAAGAUACUAGAUAUACAGCAUUGUCUUUGACUCCCAAUGAAAUUCCUGAUGGAUAUUAUAACGAAGAUGGUUCAAACGUCGGUUCAACUACAGAGGGUGCGAUUUCAGACACAAUCCACCGUGCAGGUACCUUCUUUGGCGGCUUUGGAGGCAAUUCGGAUACUGGAAGCGAUCAAAAUGGUGUUUCUAUUCAGCUCGUAAGAAGUUGUACUGAAUGGAGUAAUGGAGUAGCCACAGAGGUAAUUACAUCCAUCACAAUACGUUGAUGCAAAUUACUAAUUAUGAUAGCACUCUAUCGCCAAUGCCUACAUUGAGAUUAUUGCUCGUAGUCAACAUUUUAUCUACAUUGAGAAUCAAUUUUUCAUCACUGCCUGUUCCGAUGAACAACAUCCUGUCGAUAACAAAAUCGGAGCGGCCAUUGCAGAAAGAAUCAUUCGUGCUUAUCGAAAUGGCGAGCAAUAUAAAGUUAUCGUUUGCAUGCCAGCCGUACCUGCUUUUGCUGGUGAUCUUAAGGGAGAUGAUGCCUUGGGCACUCGUGCAAUCAUGGAAUAUCAAUAUAAUUCUAUCUGUCGUGGUGGUAACUCUAUUAUGGAAACAGUUGCUAAUGCUGGAGUACCCGAUCCAAAGGAGUACAUCCGAUUUUACAACUUGAGAAACUAUGAUAGACUCAACGAUAGCAGUACAAUGUCUCGAGCUGAGGAAGAAAGUGGCGUCAGUUAUGAAAGUGCUAGAAAAGAGCACGAUGACAUUGUUGGUGCCGGAUAUGGCGGUUAUGGCGAAGAAACUGGUGCUCGUCGGGGUCAAAGAAAUUACGAGUAUGACGAAUACCAAAGAGUGGCAUCCCGUUCGCAAGAAUAUGACACAGUAUCAACGUGUUACAUGGAUAAUGGACCAUCCAUCACUUCCAUCCCAUGGAACGGCACUCCCGAAGCGGAAAUGGACGCCUUCGUCAGUGAAGAACUCUACAUUCACACCAAGCUCCUCAUCGCAGAUGACCGCGUCGUAAUCUGUGGAUCCGCCAAUCUCAACGAUCGUUCUCAACUUGGUAGCCAUGACUCUGAAAUCGCCGUUGUGAUUGAAGAUCACAAUACUGUCGAUUCAUAUAUGGACGGCCGGGAAUUCCAGGCCGCCAGAUACGCUACUUCGCUCCGCAGACAACUUUUCAGAAAACAUCUCGGUAUGGUCGCACCUCAGGAUUGGACCAGGCCAGAUGCAAAUUAUAUGCCCAUCAACAAAGAUCCCAAUGAUUACGACUGGGGCUCUGAAUUUGAUCUUGCUGUUCAAGAUGUAUUCUCCCCGGAGUUUGUUGAUCUUUGGAACGGCCGCGCUGCAACUAAUACUGAAGUCUUCUCGAAAGUAUUCCAUGCAAUUCCCGCGGAUAAUGUACGAAACUGGAAUGAUUAUAAUGAAUUCUACGAGCAGUAUUUUGUAUCCCCUAGUUCAAAGGAUACAAAGGAAGAAGAUAAAGAGCCUGCGAAAUAUCUUUACGGGCAUGUGGUGAAAGAAGAAUUCCCGGGUGGUGUGGAGGAAGUUAAGCAGGAGCUGAGUAGGGUUAGGGGAAUGUUGGUCGAGAUGCCCUUGUUGUUUAUGGAUGGGGUUGAUUUUGCAAAGGAAGGUUUGAGCUUUAAUGCGAUUACUGAGACGAUUUAUACUUGAGGGGGAUUUGGAUAUGUCGAGAAUAUCGAAAAUUUCGAGAUUGGAAAUUUAUGUCUAUUUAGGUAUAGCAUAGGAUAGCAAUGGUUUUUAAUCUUACAUUUUGUUCGUUGCGUUUUUA